AAUUGUUUUUGUAUCGUUGUUUUGUUUUCAUUUAAACUGAAAAAUACUGAAGUCUGAAGCUUGAGUCUGAAGCAUAGGAUUGAUGAUAUCAUUGUAAAGUUGGACGUUUAACGUUGCUAUCAUCGGUGGUGCUACGUCUCUUUCAAAAGAUUAACAGUGGACUUGUAGUACAAAAUGAAUUCUAAGAAUGAAAGGCAGCUACGUUCAGCGUUAAAGCAGUUUGACCGCAAAUAUUUGUUAGAAAGUGCUCUGCCUCUUUUAUCAGAUUAUGUCACUCGUGAUUCACUCAUAUCACAGAUUCGGCACCUGAAAUGUGUAACAACCGAGCAUGUAAUCGUUGACGUGUUUAUGGACCUACUAAAGGAGACAGAAAUUACUGACGAUAAAGUUGCAGAAAUUAUUCCAGUUGUCAUGCUCAUGGGUAUUGCACACAAUCCUUCCCGGCGGAAAUGGACUGCUUAUACCCUAGAAGGAAAUGUUCAACAGGAUAAAUUGGACUCAGACUUAGAAGACGCCAUCAAACAUAACUUUCUAGAAAACAAUAUACAUGCGACUGUUAUAGUGAGAUGUUUAAAUAACUUACAUUGGAUCCGAAUAGUGAAGAAGAAAUUGGUGAAGAAUAAACUGAAAGUAAGUGCCCCACUGUAUGUGGCACAUUUCAUUGGACAGCCAUACUUAUUUUUCAGCCCGAAAGACACUUCAGAUACUUUCAUCCAGCCACUGACUGAUUCCUUGGGAUAUGAUAAUUUUAAGUUCAGUAAUUUAGACGGCUAUGAUCUGACAUCUUUGCUUAAACAUUUGAACCAAAAAGGUUUGAAAAGAGGUUUUGUUGGGCGGUUGCCAUCACUAAACAAUGUAGAGGAGACACCAAUGGGUAAGGAUUUCUCACAGCAUGCAGACAAAAGGAAAUUUAUAUCUGACAUCAUGGGACCAUGUCCUCCAAAACUUUCCAACUACGUUGUGGAAGCUAAAAAUUUGCCCUGGAAAGGUCGACUUACAAACCCUCUUAUGCGAGAAAAAACCUUUAACAUGAGAAUUCAGUUCAAAACUAAUGACACUGUAGAAAUGCUUAAAGAUAUGGCAGAAUGUGGCGCUUUGAAAGUACCUCCACCUAGUUAUGUGAUAAAUUUGAUGGGUACCGGAAAAAACAAUAUCAAACUAAGAGUGCAAGGCGGGAAUGGAGCCACUGAUUCUGAAAACCAGACAGAUGCGUGAAAAGAAUUUUAGGAGGGAAGAUUGUCAUGUUGACCAUUACCUAGAUUUAGAUGUGUGUUAUUAUUGUGAUUGAGGGGAGUACAAAUGUUAAAUGAAAAAAAUAUUUAUUACAUCAUAACAAUAAAAUAUACUAUUAUCAGCAUAAA